AAUGGGGACAGUGUUGUCUCUCAAACCUAGAUUUGGCAGUUCAAGUGAAAAAUCGUUGCAUUUCAUUUUAUCUGCCGGCCUGCCGACGUGGCGGGGCGGAAGAGAGAAGCUGCUGGCUGGCACCAGACGGAUCACCAUGUCACAGGUUGCUUCCUUAGACUUGGACCCCUCUGCUGACAUCACAUCUCCUCCCACCCAGGACCCUCAAACUGACCCUGACUCCUCACAUGAUAUUACAGCAGCCUUCCCUCCACCCUCAGCCCCCCUGGAGCCCCCUCUGACCCCUGAGAGUUCAGUCCUCCCACAGCCCACUGAGGAGAUCACCACAGAGGACAACAUUGCUGAGACGCAUGCAUCAGAGGCGCAGACAGAGCAACCAGAGGCUGCUGCUGAAGGUCAGGUGAUUGAGUGUGACCAACCAGUGAGCCUGGAGGCUGACGCUGAGGCUGCAGAAAACAAUGAAGAGAGGUCUCUCCAGGAAAAGGAAAAAGGUUGGGGUGGUUGGGGUUCUUGGGGGAAAUCUCUCCUCAGCAGUGCCACCUCCUCAGUGGGUCAGAGUCUGACCUCAGUGAAGGUGAAGGCAGGGGAAGCUCUGCGCCUCCACAAGACCUCAGUAGGAGAGGAGGCACACGAGGAGGAAGGGGAAGGUGUAGAGGAGAGGAGAGAGGGAGAAGGAGGAGAAAAUGGAGACAUUGACCUGUCAAGCUCUGCAGAGUCCUCUACGAGUGCUGCAGCUCCUGGCAGGGGUGUCUUCUCUACCAUCACACACGCUGUGCAGAACACUGGUAAGUCCGUGAUCAGUGGAGGUUUGGAUGCCUUGGAGUUUAUUGGAAAGAAGACCAUGAAUGUUCUAGCCGAAAGUGACCCAGGUUUCAAAAAGACCAAGACCCUGAUGCAGAAAACAGUGUCACUAAGUCAGAUGUUAAAGGAAGCCAAAGAAAAGGAGCGAGCACGUCUGGGCAACCAGCCAAUGAGUGAACCAACAGCACACUAUGGUAUACUGUUUGACGACUACCAGGGGCUGUCGCACCUCGAGGCCCUGGAGAUCCUGUCCAAUGAGAGCGAGGGAAUGGUCCAAGCCUACCUCUCUUCACUGACAGAAGAAGAGCAGGAUGAGAUAAAGAAGGAGCUGAUUUUUAUUAAGGAUAUCUUUAUUAACCAAGAGGAAGAGGAGAAAGGAGUUGAAGAGGAAAAAGAAAAAAAAGAAGAAGAACAGACGAAGGAUAACGGUGAUCUAAGUUCCCACUUACACUGUUCUACCCCCCUAUCAGCGGAUGUUGAGGAGUUUGUGAGCGUUCUUACUGAGCUGCUGUUUGAGCUUCAUGUUGCUGCCACCCCAGACAAACUCAACAAGGCUCGCAGGAGGGCUCAUGAUUGGGUGAGCGAGGUGGAACAGCCUGUCACUACGAAGAUAGUCGGCAGUGAAACGCAGGACCUGCAGGGAGGAGAGGCAUCACCUGAGGAGGCCAAGGAAGAGGAGAAGAAGAAAGAUGGAGAAGGAGAAGGAGAAGAGCAAGAGGAGGAGAUCAGCAGGGGGGAGGAGAUGAAGGAAGGAGAGGAGGAGAAAAAGGAGAAAGAGGAGGACCCUAGAUCUCCGGAGGCUGUCUACAUGUCAUCAGUGGGAAGUCUGGCCGAAGUGACGGCUCGCAGUAUUGAGCAGCUCCACAAGGUGGCAGAACUCAUCCUUCACGGCCAAGAGCUGGAGAAACCAGCCAGAGACCAGGCGCACAUCCUCACCAGGUUGACGUGUGCCAUGUGUAAGGAGGUGGAGUGUUUGGCCAAGAAGUUCUCUGAUACGUUACUUCUUGUCGGGGGUCAGAGGAAAGCAGAGGAGUUGACUCCGCUGGUAAACAGUGUGCUACAAGAGGGCUCCAACAGCACAAACUACAUCCACGAUGCCUUUCAGCUGCUGCUGCCCAUCCUGCAGAUCUCCCACAUCCAGAGCCAACAGAGUCGUCUCACUUCAGAACCCGCAGCACAAACACAACAGUAACACACAUGCACACAGGCCACCUGCUCACCUGCUUGUCUUAAUGUAUCUGUUAUUGUACAGUAAAGUAUAGAGAAUAGAUUAUUACAGAUUAAGUGCUUUAAUCUACAUCAAGUGCCAUAGUAACAGAGAGGGAUGUUUUAUAUUUACAUAAUAUAAUAUUGUGGAUAACAGUUUAACAAACAGAUGCAUGUAAAAAUGACACGGAUACAGAUUGUAUUUGUGUCUCUUCCAUGUUGUAUCUCAGAAUGUUAUUUGAACCUUGUUUAGGAAUAUUAAGAUAUUUUCUUUGAGACUCCAGAGAUGAUUGGAUGCAUUUGAUGAACAAAUAUGUUUCUUUAUCAUCUCAAAAAGCUUGAACCAAAUACAAAACUUAUUGAAUUACUGAAUAUGUUAAAAGGAUUUGACUUUAAUGUAUAUUAAGCUUUUUUGCACUCCUUAUGGUCCGUUGUCAUUCCAACAGAAGGAGAAUUGACUAACACUACUAUGUUUUUAUGAAAUGUACUAAUCUGGUUUGAGGCAAAAUGCCAGUAUUAGGGAUUAUUACUUUGUCUUGAUUUUUUAUGCUAAAUUAUGUGAAGCAAUACUAUGUUCUAUUUUAGUCUUAUGCAGCUUGAUUUGAAAAAAUCUUGUCUUCAUGCUUAAACUUGCACGAGAAAACACUAAGUUUGCUCUUCUCUGUUAGUGUAAACAUUGAAUAUUUAAUGUAGGUGUAUUCAAUUUUAAUUCACUCUAAUGUGCUGCUACAUUCAAAAGGUAUACUUUAUCUUUUUGGAAAAUAGUCUUACGUAAUAACUCUAUUACUGAGAAUCAGAUGAGGAGAUCAAUACAACUUUCUUAUGUUUCUCAAAUGUGAUCAGCUGAUUAGUGCAUUUUCUCACAAAGACUAGACACAGAGAUGCAGCUGACCUGCUAGCACCUCAAUCCACAAAUAAUCAUGCAUCUGGCUGGUUCAAUGAUCAAAAGUGUAGUAAAGUAAAUAACAUAAUGUGUUGAAACAGAGUUUAUGAGCAUAAAGAGACUGAAGCAGGCAAAGAAUAAGUCCCACUCGUGGUCAAAAAACACUGACACACCUUUAUGUCAAAUUGUCUAUGUUUAGAUCUGAUUUAGGUCUGUGACACCACUAACCCUUUGGCUUCCACAUAUUCUCUUUUGGGCUGUCUGAUGCUAAUCUGGUAUGUACAGCUGAUAUGGGUUAUUUGUACAUUCAUCACACACAUUGAGCUCUUUACAAUUAUUUGACAUUUUGCUGAUGCAAAAUUAUGGCUUAAAGCUUAAAGCCAAGCUAGAAACCUUGUAACGUGCUUCUGAGUCAGAGAGGUUAUUUCCUGUUUCACAUUUUGCAGUCUAGAUAAUAUGCUAAGCUAACAUGCUGCUGGCACUAGCUAAACAUUUAUCAAAUAGAGAUGAAAUGAUGGUUUUCUCCUCUAACUCUUGGCAUGAAAGAAAAUUAGUAUUACCCAGAUAUUUUCUUACUUCUAAAACAAAAAACUACAGUGUCAUUCCUCUGUCAAACCCUAAACACCUUGAAAAAGACUUUUACAUUUAGUUUUGGUUGUUUUCAUAAUUAGACAUUUAAUGCUGUUUUACAGUAAUCUUGAUUAUACAGUAUUAAUUCCCCAGAGGUGUGUACUACAACCGUUUCCCACAAAGUUUUUCCCUUCUCUUGUACCACCUGUGUUGAGUUUAAGCAGAAAUCCCUGGAUGCUCACACUGUUUUUAAUAGCCAGUGUUAAAUUCGCUCCCAGCUUCUAGCCUGCAGUAAGGAUCUCUGGAGGAAAUAAACCACUCUUUUUAUCUGUCUCUGCUUUUUCUCUCUCCCUUUCAGAGAUAAAUAAAUAGACAAGAAAAAUGAUUAAUCACAGAAGUCAUGGUCAUUCCUGCUGUAAUGUUUUCAUCUCUUGAGCUACAGCCAGAUGAAGUUGGACUGCCUGUCAGUGUUAAUCUUGCCUUAAAAAACAAAAGAAUAAUAAUAAUUUUUGGAAGUCCAGUCAUUUAUUAGAAUGGUCACUUUAAUAAUAUUUUAAGAUUCCCUUCUAAUUAAGUGCACUUAGACCGUUUGAGGAUGAAAUGUUGGAAAUAAAUAUGUAUAACUAUC